AUGAGCGCCAACCCGCAGUGGGACAUCAGCAGGGCGCUGGGGGUGGCCAAGCUCUUCCACCUGGUGUGCGGGGUCCGGGACGCCUGCGUGACUCCGUUCCUGACCCUCUACCUGAGGCAGCUGGGCUUGGCCGCGCCCUGGGUGGGCAUCCUGAUGGGGACCAAGCACCUGAUCGCCGCCUUCUGGGGUCCCUUCUGUGCCUUCCUGGCCAAAAGCUACCAGAAGAGGAGGGUGCUUCUGAUGGGCUCGCUGCUCGGCUCGGUGGGGGCCAGCAUGGUGAUGGUUCUCGUGCCGCCGCUGCACGAAGUUCCGGGGUACCGCUCCUGUAACGCCAGCGACGGGGCCACCCCCACUGCUCUGCCGCCGGGGGCCGCAGGAACUGUGACUGUCACCUCGGCCCAGCCCGCCUCCAGCCAUGCGGCGGGGGCGCCCAGCCCCGCAGGCGAGAGCCGCAGCGGGAUGGUGGAACCCGCUGGCUUCAAAAAGGCACCUGCGAGAACUGUCCACGCAUUGGCCGGCGGGCCACCUGGCUACACCAGGACCACGUCCCCAGCUCUCCAUCCUGUCACUGCAGGGGUGAAGGCUACUCCUGGGGAAGGGGCUUUUAACUCAGGCAGGACAGUCCUCCCUUUGCUGGCUGGGGGUCCAGCCAACUUCUCAGCAGCCCAGGGGAAUGCCCAGGGCCUUGACCUCUCCUUGGAAGGCUUGCACUGGACUUUCCUCCUCUCCCUGGGCUCCCUGGUGUUCUGGGAGCUGCUGACAGCCCCUCUGGAGCAGGUGGCUGACGACAGCCUUUAUGAAUACUUGGAUUUUGUGGAUGCCACUGACCGCUACAGAAGCCUGUGGAUCUGGAGGCCGCUGGGCAUGUCGGCCGGUGUGUGUGGUGUCACAGCCUUGGUGGGGCAGCUGGAAUGUGUCCUGAUGACAAAUGGCCCCCGGGGUGUGUUGCAUUUCUAUGGCUACUCGCUGGUCGGCACCCUGGCUUUACUGGUGAGCGUCUCCUUUCCGGUCCCCAUCUGCAGGCGGUGGGAGCCCAGCUACAAGACCGUCAAAGCGCUGUCCCUCAUGGGCGGCGCCCCGCGGCUCAUUGUCCUAGCCCUCACCGUGUUUCUGGUAGGCGCGGCCACCAGCGCGGUGCAGAACUUUCUAUUCUGGCACAUGGAAGACCACGGGAGCGGCGAGCUGGUGAUGGGAUUCUCAGUGGCUCUGGGCUCGCUGGGGGAGAUUCUACUCCAUCCGUUCAAAGCGACACUGCUUAGGAAGCUGUCAAGGGUGGGCACGGUGGGGCUGGGGCUGGGCUGUCUGGCAGCCCAGCUCCUCUACUACUCCUUCCUCUGGAGCUGGUGGUCGGUCCUCCCUGCGCAGAUCUUGAACGCCAUCAGCAGUGGGGCCCUGUGGUGGGCCGUGAAGGCCUCCGUCGAGGACCUGGCCACUCCGGGGACGGCGAGAUCUCUGGGUGCGAUGUUCCAAGGCCACAUUUCCGGGGGAGGGUGCAGCCUGGGCAGCGUUGUGGGGGGCUUCGUGGUGAUGUCCUUCAGCCUGGCCGUGCUCUAUCAGGCCUGCUGCGUGGUCCUGUUACUCUGGCUGGCCCUGUUCCUGUCCAUUCAGCCCCGACUGCCCCAGGAGCAGAAAAUCAACUACUCGAAACUGCUGGUCAUGGAGGCCAGCGACACGAGUGACUCUGAGCAGGGGACAGAGCGGGACUGGCUGGUGAAGGCCAUGAGGGAGGAGGACUCAGAAUAGAAGGGCGGAGACAAGGUCACGAUGUACCAACCUGGGAAGGCACCCAAGGGUCUGGACAAGAGCUCAUCCGCUGAGGACAAGCCCUGCGUCCCGCCAGGGGGCUGCAGGGGAGUCUGGAGAGAGAGAGUACAAGUCUGUGCAG